AUAAUAAUAAUAAUAAUAAUUCAAUAAUAAAGGAAAAAUCUCUUGGACGAGUUGUCAAGACACUCUUCACACACACAAAACAUCAACGAAAGCAAUGGAGAAAAAUAACACACUAAAUGAAUGUCAUGUCCUAAGAACAGAGAUGAUAAUAAACAGAGUGUACAUGUUGUUCCUUGGAAUUGCAUUAUCAGCCAUUGUUCACUACAGGCUCACUAAACUAUCCCAAAUCAUCAAAACAAGAGAAACUCCCCUUCUCCCAUAUACCCUUAUCUUCAUCUCUGAGCUUGUUUUGAUUUUCCAAUGGGCCUUGCACCAGGCCUUCAGAUGGAGGAUUGUGACCCGAACUGCAUAUCCCGAAAGACUGCCUGCAAACAAUGAUGAGUUUCCGAAUAUUGACGUGUUUAUAUGUACGGCUGAUCCGAGUAAGGAGCCUUCUUUAGGGGUUAUGAAUACGGUUAUAUCGGCCAUGGCUCUCGAUUACCCAAAAGGAAAGCUUUCGGUUUAUGUUUCGGACGAUGGAGGCUCGUCUGUGACUUUGGAAGCCAUGAGAGAGGCUUGGAGGUUUUGUAAGUGGUGGCUGCCUUUUUGUACUAAGUAUGAGGUGAAAAAUAGGUGCCCGGAAGCUUAUUUUUCGGGAACCGAAAGUGAGGGAGGUGGGUUUGUGGAUGAGAAGAUGGAGAUCAAGGUGAUGAAUGAUGUGGAUGGUGACGUCACGUACUCCGGGCAACAAGAGAUGCCACUUCUUGUAUACGUUGCUCGCGAAAAAAGGCCUUCUCAACCACACAAUUUCAAAGCUGGAGCAGUUAAUGCCCUUUUUAGGGUGUCUGCUCUUAUAAGCAAUGGUGGAUAUAUUCUUCUACUGGAUUGUGACCAUUAUUGCAAUGACCCAACUUCUGCCCGACAAGCAAUGUGCUUCUUUCUCGACCCUAAAGUCUCCCCAAAACUAGCUUGGGUUCAAUUCCCUCAGAAAUUCCAUAAUAUUAGCCACCAUGAUCUUUAUGAUUGUCGCCUACUUUACUAUUGGCGAAGAUGGCUCGGCAUUGAUGGAAUAGAAGGACCAUUCAUAUCUGGUUGCAACAUGUACUUGAAAAGGGAAGCAGUAUAUGGAAGUAAAAACAUGAAAAAUGAUUUCAAUAUCAAUGAUAUGAAGAAGUCCUUUGGCCCAAGCAACGAGUUAAUAAAGUCGAUUUCUAUUUACAAAAACUACAAGCCAGUAUUAUCCGAGCACAGGAAAAUUGGUAUCGCUCUAGAAAACGAAGUUCAACUAGUAGGAUUCAUAUAUAAUUCGGUUGUGGAGGAUGUUAUCACAAGUGAAUAUUUACAUUGCCAAGGUUGGUUUUCUGUGUUUUUGGACCCUGGCAGGCCCUGUUUUCUGGGCUCGUGCCCCACAAGCCUGAACGACGUUUUGGUCCAACAGGGAAGAUGGGCCCUUGGCCAAAUGCAGAUUUCAUUUUCUAAAUAUUUUGCUCUUACGUACGGUAGAGGAAAGAUGUCCGCCCUUCAGUGCAUGUGUUAUGCAGCCCUCACAUUGGACUCAAUCUAUGUUUUUCCCUUUUAUUCUCUCUCCAUUGUACCUCAAAUAUGUCUACUACAUGGCAUAUCUCUUUAUCCCAAGGUUUCCGAUCCAUAUUUCGUUGUGUUUGUCUCGGUAUUUUUGGGCUCACAGAUCAAACAUAUUCAAGAGGUUAUGUUUUACGGCGAUUCAAUUUGGAUAGCUCUUUAUGAAUUGCGGAUGUGGAUGAUGAAGUCGGCUACGUGUUACUUGUAUGCAGUUGUGGGUGCAUUGUUUGAUAACUUGGGCUUGCAUAAUGCACAUUUUGCGCUAACAAACAAGGUUGUUGACCGUGAAUCAGAAAGGCGCUUCAAGAAAGGCAUCUAUGAUUUCCAAGGAUCGCCUAUGGUUAUUGCUCCUAUUUGUAGCUUGUACAUAAUUAAUUUGGUUUCGUUCACUUUUGGGGUAGUGAGGAUCGUCCGAGGUCACGAGGCUAGUGAAGUUUUUGCGCAAGCUUUAAUCUCGUUGUUUGGGGUGAUUGUGAAUUAUCACGUGUUUGAAGGGAUGUUGUUGAGGAAGGAUAAUGGUCGGGUUUCACCAUCGCUAUCUCUCCUUUGUGCUGUAAUUGCCACAUUCAUGUUGUGCUUUGGAUCCCUAAUCCUCAUGUUCUAAGUUAGUGGAAAUUUGUAUUCGAUCACUUUGAUUUGAUUAAGUGUAGUAUGUUUAAAACUGUAUUGUUGAGGGUGAUUGAAGUAUGUUAUGGUAAGACUUGUUGAGUUUUUUAUAUUGUUAAAAAUCACAUUUAGAUGUGAUUGUUUUGAUUUAUA